AUUCUCUUUCUUCCUCCUUGUGCUCUCAUCUUUUUGGUUAUUUUUUAUAUGCCCUCAUUUUAUCCUUAUUUUUUCACCGUGUAAUAUAAGUUUCAGAACUGGUAUGGGAUUUCCUUGAUCUUUCUGGAUCUUUUCUUUAACAUCUUCUGCUUUUGAGAAUCAGAAUUUCUUGGGGUUUUCUUGAAAUUUCUUACAGUUUUUAAUUUAUUACUUUCUUUUUCUGGUUUUUUGUUGUCUUCUUCAGCUACUGGAAGUACUAGAGUUCAAAUACUGAGGGCUUUUUGUGAUUUCAUGAGCCUUAGCGUGUUUCUUGACGGACUUUUUUUGGGUCUUUUCCUCAAAUCUUGUUUAUGCGUUUAAACUACUUUGCUGUUUUCAUGUCUACUGUUUACAGACUGUCACUGACCUAAGAUUUUAUUUUGGACCUGGGUUUCGUCUCUCUUAGAUCUUUCUCUAUAAUGUAAAAUCUUUCACCAUACUUCAAAUUUUGAGCUCAUUUUAAUAUUUCCUUUGUCUUAUCUUUUCGAUUCAUCUCAUCUUGCCGUGAUAUCAUCUCGAUUUACCUUCUUUGAUCUUGGUGUUUGAAGUGCGUAACUUCUUGGUUGUUUCCAUCUUGAAAAUAUUCAAGAAUCUAUGUACUUUUUCUUGAUUUGCUCACAUAAAAUAACGUUUCAUGAGAUUGAUGGAUAGAUGAAGAAAUGGAUAUUUAGUUUUUUCUUGUGACUGUUUGUUGGGCAGCAAAAGAAAAGAAAAAAGGUACCAGCAGAUGUUAUCCAUUGAAAGCCCUCCACCAAGUCCACCAUGUUCUUGUGAAAUUUCCCAGCUGAAAAGUAGUAGUAGUGAUACUAGGGAUGAAAAGGAUUCUGAUAAUAGUCAGCAGCUUCAGUUAGAUCUUCUCAAGUCAGGCUUUGAUUACAACACCACCAAAUUCUCGUUAAGGGACUAUGUUUUCAAUACUCGGAGCAAGGAUAUCCAGACUAAUUGGCCAUUUUCUCAGGAAAAUUUGAAACUUUGUUUAAAACAUGGUGUUAAAGAUUUAUUGCCACCUUUUCAAUCGCUUGAUUCCGUGAAAAAUCCAUCAAUUGAGAAAUGUUCUUUAGGAAUUUCAAUUGACAAAGAAAAUAUAAGCAGUUAUGAUGAGAAGCUUAACCAGUCGAGCGAUCAUCUCGUGUCUGUAUCUUCUUGCAAUGUUGGAGGUGACAAUGAGCUAGUUGUGGAUUGUGAGAACAUAAAUUCAAGUGGAUCUGAAGAAAAAGAAUUUUCAUCAACGACCGCAAGUCUGUCUUGUUCUGAAAUAGAUUCAGUUCUCGCGAUAAAGAAGCCGUGUUUGGAAAUAGUAGCUGGUAAUUUGUCAGGAUCUGUAGUGACGAAGCCUGAGUCUACAGCUUUGGCAUCCAACAAGAUCAUAAGCUCAACUCAAAGUCCGGUUAAGAAGUGUAGAUUACUUGUGAAAUUGAGCAACAUUGUUGACCUGAGGUCUAACGAAGACCCUGUCCUGAACAGUUCAGUGGCAUUAGGAACUAUGGCUUCAAAAGUGUGCCCAGUAUGCAAGAAAUUUUCAUCUUCUUCGAACACAACUUUAAAUGCCCAUAUUGAUCAGUGUCUUUCUGGGGAGUCGACAAUUAAGGGGACAUCAAAUUCUAAGGUUACUAAGCAUAGAAUAAAACCAAGGAAGAUAAGAUUGAUGGUGGAUAUUUAUGAGACAGCUCCAUAUUGUACACUUGAGGAGCUUGAUAGGAGAAACGGAACCAACUGGGCAUUAAAUUUGGGCUUUCCAGCUCAAAAUAUUGAGCCACGUGCAGAAGAGAGGAACAAAACACCGUCUCCUGUUAAUUGUGAGGACACAAAUAAGGAAAGUGCAGUCUAUAUUGACACCAAUGGCACAAAGCUUAGGAUUUUAUCGAAGUUCAAUGAUCUGCAGACAUUCUCCAGUACGAAUGAUGAUUUUGAAUCUAUGAAACUUGUUAAAAGAGACAAAGGAAGUAAAAUUCUCUUGAGUAAGAAGCAGAAAAACAAUAUUGUCCAGAAACACCAUAAGCUACUGAAACAUGUUCCCCAUGAUCAAAAGAGUUUCUUUCGCAGGCCGGAUCAUAGUUCCAAUAUUAAUGAUGGUGGGAAAAGGAAGUUUCUCACUGAAAAUUGCUUCGGGAAAGAGGGAUGCGUGACACAGCUACCCAAAACACAUGAUCUGAUAAAAUUCAAUCAUUUGGGAAGAAUAAAACAAUGGGUAGGCUCCAAGCGCAGUGAUCUCACAAAGAAGAUAAAUGGUAAGGAUGAAAAUCAACAGUCGGACAAAAGCGUCAAAAAGAACUUGAGAGCCAAAAGUCAUCAGUCAUCAACAGAUAAUCGAUUCACGAAGCGAAGUAGUCUUUUGAAUUCUCAGGCCUUGCCUGAUGAGAACCAACUUUCUCCUGAAAGCAGCAAAAGAAAAGAGAAUUUAUCUUGUGAUUCUAUUGAAGAAUACGGGGAACGUUCUUUGAGAAAGAGGGUAAGCUGUUCGUCAUUGGAGCCUAAAGACUUCCAUUAUAAGAAGAAUUAUCUCGCGUUAUCUAAGGACAAUGUGAAACAGUUGAGAAAAGGUGGCCUCUCAGUUGAUUGUAAUAUGGAUUUGCCAAAUAGUAUCGAAUAUCAUGCACCUUCUCGAAGUAAAAAGAGGGCGAACAUUGACAUUAGUCCAGCCAAACAUGCCUAUAGUACUUUUAUGAACCCAAAACCAUCUGGAAGUAAAAUGUUUACAUCUUUGGCGGAGCAUAUGUUGUCGGUCAGCGGAACAUCCAUUUUUGGAUCGGAAACAAAAAUGAAAAGAAAAUUGCUAGACAUCAAGAAGCUUCAGCUGCGCUACAUGUCAGGAUCUGAUGAAGAGGCAGUUGCAUCACAAUUUGCAAUUGACCCACAACAUGAUUUGGUAGAGAAACUUAGUGAAAGUGCAGAUCAAAUGAAAGAGAUUUCUGAUAAGAAAUAUGUUGAAAGAACAAGGUCUUUGAAAAUCCAAAAGAAGAGAAGGGAAUUUAUGAUCUCCAGGAAAGAGGAAGCCAUGGCUUUGAGGAGCUCACUGCCAUCACCUGAAUCUUAUGGUCAUGAUGCUGUGGAAUCUGUUGGAAAAGAGGUUACAAUUCUGGAGCAUGUUGUCAGCCAACCAGCUUCAGAAAUGGCGAAUGGGGAGCUCUCUAUGGUUCUUAGCAAUUCUAUGGAUCCUAGGGUCUUGGAGGAUGCUGACCCUGAUGGUCAACUUGUCUCGCAACACUAUAUUGAAGCAUACAAGGAAUAUUAUCCGGCUGAGCUAGUAUUUGAUGGUGAACAUAAGAUGUUUUGUGCAGAUGGUCACAUGGUGGCAGAAUUUGACAUUGAUGAAGGGCAAGAAAAAUACUUUGUCGGUGUCGAUCCGAUAGCUAUUCCUGGACCACCAGGAUCCUUUUUGCCAAGUCCUGGGCGUAUGGGCUCUGAAGAUCUACAAGGAAAUUCAUCAUUAACAACCUGCAGGGUUCAAUCUCCGGAAGAUGAUUGUGAAUUAGUUGAUAGGGGUUGUUCAUAUUCUCCUACUUCUGCUACAUCAACAAUCUCUAAUUCCGUUGAUGCAAAAUCUGAUUCCAUAUCCUUGGAAAAAUUGCCUGCUAGAUCUCUAGAAGGAAACGAGAUUAAAUGUGGCUUCUCAGGAGCUAGCAUCGAACCUAUUGUGGGAAUGUCCACCCCUGUUGAGCCUACAGCAAGUGCAGGAGAAGGAAACCUCAACCUGGAUGUCUCCAAGGUUGACUCGAUGUUUCCUGAAAUGGGUUCUCUCAAAUUCAAGACUGGUCAGCCAUGUUGUUGCUCUAGGAAGGAAGGAACCUCACAAGUUGUUGCUUUGAAUUAUCAAGACUCGGAACUUUGGCAACGGACUCUGGCGUCACUCUCACUUCCUGCCGAUAAAAAUCAGAUGACUGCUGAUCCGAAGAGAAAAUUUGACAGUUCUAACUUCAGGUCAGAAAUGAUCUAUAUGAGAGAGUUGAGUCCAAUAGCUGAAGCAAGUGUUGCAAAGUCACCAACAGGGUAUAUUCCUAAGAGAGUUUUGAUUGAUUCUGAGGUUAAGUUCUCUAGUCAUGGUGAUUUUGAAUCUGCUACUCCAGCUACUUCUAAUCCUAUUCUCAGACUGAUGGGGAAAAACUUAAUGGUGGUAAAGAAAGACGAAGAUGUUACGGCCCAGUCAAGUAUCACAAAUGACCAUGCAAAGCAGCAGUUUUGUGCUGAUAAUGGCGUCUCUCCUGAAAAGUUUCAAAAGGAGGAUCAUUCCUUUCAUCAUGUGGUUCCAAAAGAUCCCCUCCUCUUUGACUAUGCUCAAAAUCAUACCUUGUCACGACACUUUGAUGUUGGAUCAUCAAGUGGUUUCAAAAUUCAUAGUAGUGUUAGUACACCACAGUUGUCCCCUCAUCCACCACAAGUCCAAUUUCCAUGUAAAAGUUUUGGUGGGAGUUUCAGAUCCUCCUCGGAGUGCCAUGAAUACAUAGGAAUCGGCAACUUGUCCACUGAACAACAAGGAUCCAAGAACAGACUGGGUGUUCCGAUAACAUCUGAUACUGAUAAAGUUCGAAUUCCAUCUGGCUAUAAUAUUAGUAUGCCUAUUAGCAACUCUGAUUCAGACAUUAUAACUACACAUGUCAAGAAAAUAUGAAGGGUAGGGAAUCAACAGUUGGAAUUUCAGCAUCAAUGAACGUAGGCUAUGACUCAAGACGUGAACCCUUUGUAUAGUGAUCAAUCACGGGGGUAUUCUAUCUGUAGUGCAUCACCAAUGGUUCUUAAUGCAAGUUUUCAGGUGCCACACCCUAAGGGAAUAAAAGCCAGUCCUGUUAACUGGAAUUGUACUCCAGAGCAGUCAAGUGUGCUGUAUCCGAGUUCUUUAACAGCUCCGUCAUCCUCCACAUGUCACCUGAAAUCUGAAUUGUAAUAUUCUCCACAUUUAUCAUGAUAGACAACCUAUACUUGGCUGAGUCUUUCAUCACCUGGAAAGUGUCAGUUUCGCAUUGAAGGUUUGAGCCAAAUAUCUCAAUUUUCCUUGCUAACUGACUUUCAAAAUGUUUGACGAUUGUGGCCGACUCAACGACAACAAAAACUUGCAGUUUGUUGAAGGCCAACCAUCAAAGGUUGAGCAGAUGAGUUUUAUGUAGUGUUACUUUUUCUGUUUAAAUUGCUGAAAACUUGGUAGAUUCAAAGGAGUUUUGAUCCUGGAGGCUGAUGAAUAUGAAAUCUUUGUAUAACAAGUUAUCCAGAGGCCUUUUAUAGUUCUUUUCAUUUCCCCUAAUUUUAUGAACCCCCUUCUUGUUGGGAUUGAUGGAA